CCGAUUUGAGAUCGGAAUUAAUACACCGAAAUUCGCACGAAUAUAGCCACGAGUACGACAAUAAAGAACUUAAAUAUAAAAAAACUAGCCAAAAACUCGUCUUUCGUCGUCGAGGCUCUCGCCGGAUUGGCUUCUACUCCGAAGAUUUUAGUACGGUGGCUCUGAGAAAUGUGUCGGAAACAAGCGUGUCCACGGAUAAAUUGCAACCAUAUAAAGACAAUGUUGAUAUUGGUUAAAGGAAGAUGGCACGUUCAAGCUAGAUUGGUCGAACCUGUCGCCGAGAGUAUCAAUAAUGGUGAUAGUUAUAUAUUGGUGACAAAAUCAGAGGUUUUUAACUACAUAGGGAAAUAUAGCAACAUUAUCGAGAAAACUCGUGCCGUUGAAAUCGCAUCAAGUAUUCAAGAAAAGGAUCUGGGCUGUCAAGCGAUCGAAGUAAUCACUAUAAAUGACGAUAAAUUGACUUGCUCGAGGAAUCAAGUUGAAAAAUUUUGGAGUUAUCUUGGUGUGGUCGACAACGAAAAAUUAUACAUUGUCGAUGCUGGCCAUCCUGACGAAGACAAAUUGUACGAAUCUGUCAUUAUUGAUACAAAUAUGGUGUUCGAAUUGAAAGAUGAACAAUUAGUGUCGCACGAGAAAUUCUGGGGUACGCUCCCAAAGAUAGAAAUGCUCAAUAAGAACAAGUAUGCUGUACUCGAGUUGCCUGCGGAUGAUGCAGAUGACUUUGAGUCAAUUGAAUAUUAUGCCGUGCCAGCCUGUACUGCAUGGUUAGAGAAUAUCAGUAUUAAAAUGAGUAAAAUAAGUGGCAAACAAGCUACAUUUGCAGGUGCAUGCAAAUGGCCUGAUGAUGAAUCUAAGUUAAGUGAUUAUCUAGAAAAAAAGAAAAAGCCAGCAAAUACUUGGAUUACAUAUAAAAAUGUAAAAAUUCUGAAGUUUUGUAGUAUGUAUCUUAUUUUAUGUAUGUUUCAAUGUUAUGUGUGCCAUAAUUUGUACUAACAAUCUAUUA